AUGCCUGCUCAAGAUCUCAACUCGGGAUCGGUCUUGCAGCUUCCUGCUUCUACAAACGCAUCGAUUCAACACCCCGGAGAGCGUUCGGAUCCUCUGUGCAAGUUCGGCAAUGCUCGUUUCGUAGUUGACUGCUCUGACAUCGAGCUUGAUCGAGACUAA